CGGAGGCAGAGGGUGCAGUAUCGCAGGCGGCGCCGCCGCUUGGCUGAGGGGGACGCCCCGAGGGCAGCUGGCGACGUUCCGGCCCCUGCCCACCGUCGCCAUCAUAACAAGCCAUAUCGGCUGUCGUCUUGUUCGUGAGGAUACACCAUUGCGACGGACGAAGGCAGAAAAUAUGUUCGAUGGAGAAAAUCUUCUUAUUCCUAACGGUCUUCCUCGGCGCAGUUGACGUAGGCGCGUGCGAUGACCACGAGUACCGGCUGAUCCGUUACCUGUUGGCCGGGUACGACAAGUCGGUGCGCCCCUCCCACGCCGCCUCCCAGCCGCUCAACGUGACCUUCGGCAUGGCCCUCACCCAGAUCAUCGACGUGGACGAAAGGAAUCAAAUCCUGACUACCAAUUGCUGGCUUAAUCAGAUUCGCUACAACUGUGGGGAAGUCUCUUAA